GCCAUCUUGCACAGCGCAUCAAGAGUGAGUAAAGUCUGAAAUUCGGUUUGUUGGCUUGUUGUAAACCACGUUAUUUUUCUACCGAAAGUCACACGGUACAAUUCUGAAACGGAAGAGCUAAGGUGUUGGUAGAAAGAGGCCGUCGACGAUGUAACAUUUGAUGAAGACAUUUCGUCUCCGAUACGAUGUUGUUCCGUCUCAUGCAUCCCCUGGAAUGACAGCUGAAGCCAUUGGUACCGCCUUUUAGAAUGUGGAGCAGCCAAUCAGAGCUCGCCGAAAUCCCUGCACGGAGACGUUUGGUUGUUGUGCGCACGCGCAUGUCAGUUGGUAAGUCCCUCACUUCUCACAAGCUCGCAGGAGUGUGAAGAUGGCGGUCGGGUCUGGUCCGCUGGAUGAGCCGUUUUUACACACAGAGGUGAAUAAAGCGGUAGUUUGUCAUCCUGUACAGUCUGUAGAGUCACAACUGUCGUCCUUGUGUCACAACAACCACUGGGGUAGGCACGAGGCAGCCGGUAAUUACAUGGCUAUAGUUCCGGGACAAGGGGGUAGCGCGAGCUAAUGUCCAGCUGGGACUUGGUCAAGACGAUUGCCAAAGCAGGUACGCUGUAACUACUAAUGUUGUUUUCCUCUUUGUCUCUCCGAGUAUACACGAAAAGCAAGCGCCGGAGCUGACAGAGAGAAACAGUAGACGUGACAGAGUCUUGCCCCAUCACAUUUAAGAUUGUUUGUGCUCCUUCUAAACAAGUUGAAGUGCAGGGGGUCUCAACAUAGCGAGGUCCCCAUGGUUCAGCUAUGGAUGCAUCGACGGCCAGCACGGACUCAACCACGGGACACGACCCUAGCAAAACACUUGUUGGUAGUGAUGGUGCAACUUCUGUCCCCAAUCACCAGGGGAAAGUAGGCUCAUACUCGGUGCAGACUUUCAAUGGGAGCCAAACUAUGAACUCUCACAAUUCAGGAAGCGCUGCCCCUCUCGGGGGGGCGGCAGUGACAAGUGGCACUGGUAACAGCAGCAGCACUGCGAUAACUGUCACAGCUGUCAACAGUGGACCAGUGAUGUCUAAAGGGCUGGCGAGUGCAAUAAUGCACCCCUCGUCUAACAGUGUAAUUCAGACGCCUCUCAUGAACUCACAGAGUGUUGUCGCUUCAGCUCCGUCAGUGAGCCAGGCAGCAGGACCCACUGUGACACUCGUCAGGCCGCCUAUGCAAACCGCGGGGUCGGGUGCAACUUUGAAUGGGAACAAUAAUGUGAGCCAUGCAGUGGUUGCCAAUACAACAGGUCACACAGGUAUCGGCAUACAAACCCCGCUUGUAAACAACAGCCAGCCGUCCAACUCGGUGUCUGUCAGCGCAGGGUCGCACAUAAUCAAGGCAGAGCCACCCACAACAAUAAUACAGUCAGCACCGCAGCCGGCUGUCACUCCUGGCGCCGUCAGCGCUCCCCGGAUUCCGUCGACGGUAGCUGGCGGUCCAGGCGGGAUCCGAGCCCUGACGCCUCAGAUGCUGGCCCCAAGGCUCCCACAGACCUCUCCAGGACAGCCCAGUAUAGGCCUACAUAACAUCCAGCUUCCCCCCGGGAUGGUGCUUGUGCGCAGUGAGAGUGGACAGCUGUUGAUGAUUCCUCAGCAGGCUCUGGCCCAGAUGCAGGCCCAGGCACAGGGAGGCAUGGCGCCUCGGGCUGCUGCGCCAACAAGCGUGCCUCCUGGCCAGGCUCCUGGAAACACCAUCAUCAGCAGACAAGUGGCGCCCAGCACCAUCAUCCGUCAAGGCUGUCCAGCUCCAACAUCACUCACGGCAACCACCACUCUUCACAGACCUCCCAUCCUUCAGGGCUCAGUUGGGGCUGCAGUACCAGGAAUUACCCCCAGGACUGUCAGCCAAACAGCUGGGACCACGGUUGCCUCAGUAACAGUGAGCAAAGAGACGAUGGAGAAUGUGAAGAAAUGUAAGAACUUCCUGUCCACAUUGAUCAAGCUGGCAUCCACUGGGAAGCAAUCAACAGAGACUGCAGCCAGUGUGAGAGAGCUGGUCAAGGACCUGCUGGAGGGCAGACUGGAAGCUGAGGAAUUCACCAGCAGAUUGUACAAAGAGCUCAACUCUUCACCCCAACCUUACCUUGUGCCUUUCCUCAAGAGAAGCCUCCCAGCCUUGAGGCAGCUCACACCAGACUCAGCAGCCUUCAUCCAGCAGAGUCAGCUCUCCCAGACAUCCUCAGGUCCAGUCCCCUCCACCUCACCCAUCCCCACCACAGUGGUCCUAGGCAGCCCAGCGCCCCGCCUCACUGCCCCAGUCUGCAGGCCCCAGCUCCAGCCAGGCAUUAGCAAACCAGGACAGACCCCUUCACUGGUUAUCCAGCCUCAGCAGCAGAGAGCGAUGCUGAGACCUCAGGUAGCCUUACCGACGACCCCCAUGGUGACUCUCAGGAAUCAGGCCCCUGGUCGCAUCAUGCUGGGACAGCAGCAGGUCCAGCUGAAAGAGCUGCAACCAGUUCCUGUGAGGCCGGAGGUGCCAGUGGUUUCUAAACAAGUCUCUGCUGCAGCCCUGACUCUGGCUCAGAAGAACAAGCUGAAAGAGGCUGGUGGUACUUUCAAAGAUGAUGACGACAUCAACGAUGUGGCCUCCAUGGCUGGAGUGAACCUAUCAGAGGAAAGCGCUAAUAUCCUAGCAACCAACUCUGGACUAGUGGGAGCGGUGACACAUUCCUGCAAGGACGAGGCUUUUCUCUCCUGUGCUGUUCUACAGAGGAGAAUGCAGGAGAUAGGUGAGACACUUACAACGUUGCUGACAAUACAGCAUCCAUCCAUCCAUCUGCCCCCUAAAGCCCCAACAUUCUUUUUUUUCUUCUUUUUUUCAGGUAGGAGGCACGGUGUGACAGACCUGGGUGCGGAGGUGGUGAACUUUGUCUCCCACGCUACUCAGCAGCGGCUCCAGAACCUGCUGGAGAAGGUUUCCCAAGUGGCCCAGCAGAGAAACACCAAUUUCAAGCACGAGGAUGACAAUUAUGAGCAGAGCAGUGAUGUUCGUGCUCAGCUCAAAUUCUUUGAGCAGCUGGACCAGCUAGAGAAACAACGGAAGGAGGAACAGGAGAGAGAAAUCCUCCUAAAGGCAGCUAAGUCUCGAGCCCGGCAAGAGGACCCAGAGCAGUUGCGCCUGAAACAGAAGGCAAAAGAGAUGCAGCAGCAGGAGCUGGCUCAGAUGAGACAGAGGGAGGCCAACCUGACGGCUCUGGCAGCCAUCGGCCCCAGGAAGAAGAGGAAGAUUCUGGACUCUCCAUCCUCCUCUGCUGCAGCUGAGGGAUCAGGAACAGGUUCCUCUCUGUCUGGUGGGGCUGGCUCAUCGGGCUCCAGACCGACACGGCAGCGCAUCACACGUGUUAAUCUCAGGGACCUGCUCUUCUGUUUGGAGAACGAGAGAUCUACCAGUCACUCCCAUUUCCUCUACAAGGGCUUUCUCAAAUAGGCUUGAUGUCAGAGAGGAGAGGAGGGAAACGUAUGUGGAGAGACCAACGGCUCCCACUGCACGGAGAGCAUAAGAGACUCUCAUAAAUGAAGAGGAGGAGCGCAGCGACUUGGCACAUUUCAAGGCUUUUCAGAUAUACCUGAUAAGCUGAGUACAGUAGUAGCCAUAUUGGAUGGCCUCUCUACCUCUCUCCUCAAAUAAUGCCUCUUUUGUUUCAUAGCAGUCAUGGACUAAUGCGACUAUCUACCCUGUACAACUUUUCAAGAAAGUGCAAAAACUGAUUACAUGUGUUCUGAGGAAAGGUUUAUGUUUGAACUAAUGACUUAUUGUACAAUUAUGCACUGUCACACAGUACAGUUUAUUUUCAGAUUAUUUGUAUAUGCAUUAGGCAUUAAAGCAAUGGAAAUCAGCGCAUUUGAUUUAAUAGACCACCAACUAAUUUUAUUGAAGAAUUUUAUUUUUGAUUUAACUGAAUUAGUUUGAACUCCAAACUGUGUAACCUACUGAGUUGCCUUCCUAACUAUGAAUAAGCCAUAUAGCCAUCCCGAAGCAAUUAACCCUGCUGUAACUCAUGAAGCAGUAGUUGGCUCUGUAUCUGUCAUCUCCAUUACUUGAUUUUUUUUUUUUUCCUGCAUAUUUAUUUACUAAACGCAAGCUUAAAUUAAUGUUUAGUUAUUUAUUUAAUUUCAUGUGACACCUCAGUGGUUUCAUGUAGCUUAAAUUCAAAACAACAAGCAUUUACCUGCACAGGAUAUGUUUAAAAUCAGUUUUGGGUGUGUAGAUUUCAGUGUGUGAAGAGAGGUUUCUUUUGUUGUUGUUGUUGUUGUUGUUUUUUAAUCUUUUAAAUUGUUCUUUUUAAAAUUAGUUUGACAUUUGUUGAUUUCUAAAACUUAAAUAGGCUUCCGAAGGCUUUUAACCCGUAUUGCUAUACCAAACAUACAUCUACCUGAAAGCGAUUUCUAUUUUUGUAGCUGCCCACCAACACGCAUUUUUACUCUUUCAAUAGUGACUGACAGUGUCCUCCGACUUAAGAAAGUGGAGUUUCUUCCUGUAUAUUUGUAAAUGUUACACCUAAAGUUUUACACAUGGUUUUGUAUAGAAUUGAGAAUUUACCCAUACAGCAUAAAGAAAAACACAUUUUCUCUAUUAAAAAAAAGUUUGAAUAAAUAAUGA